CCAGUUCUGUAAAGGCAAUAAUAUGGAGUACCUGACUGGUCGGGUUUGGAUCGGUUUUUGGCUCAUCAUCAUCGUGGUGGUGAUGGUGGCCUUUGAGGGCAGCUUCCUGGUCCGUUUUGUCUCGCGUUUCACCCAGGAGAUCUUCUCCGUCCUCAUCUCUCUCAUCUUCAUCUACGAGACCUUCUCAAAGCUGGUCAAGAUAUUCCAGGAACAUCCUCUGAGACGCUGCUCUGCUACGGUUGUUGAUGUUAACAGCUCAACAUAUAACUUAAGCAUAGAGGAUGUCACUUCAAGUCCAUUAGCAUCAAACAGCAGUACUCCAGAGACGGUGAAGGUGGUCGGUGAACCUAAUACUGCUCUGCUUUCCUUGGUGCUCAUGUCUGGGACCUUCUUCAUCGCCUUCUACCUGCGCAAGUUCAAAAACAGUGCCUUCUUUCCUGGCAGUCUAAGAAGAGUUAUUGGAGAUUUUGGAGUUCCUAUUGCCAUUCUUAUCAUGGUUCUGGUAGACUACAGCAUUCAAGACACACACUCACAGGUGAGAAUGGAUAGUUGUCAAUUUGCAGGUGAUUUGAAGAAGUUAAAAUCAAGUAAAGCUAGCAUUAUUAUUAUUACUAUCACUCAUAUUUCAU